AAUGGUGCUUGUACCUUGCGCGUAUAUAAAUAAUUCCGGUGCCUACUUUUAAAUUAAUUUAAAUUUACAAUGAGUACCGAGGAGUUACUUAUUACAAAUAGGGCUCAAAUUAGAAAAAAGUGGAAAGAAGAAGGUGUUGACGUUGAAAAUGAUAUUGAAAUUAUUAGAAAUUGGUUAAAGACUCAACAUCAUUUACCUGAAAUGCCCUCCGAUAAAAUGAUUGAAUUCUUUUUGACAAAUUGCAAAUUUAGCAUCGAGAAAACGAAACAAAAUAUUGAUAUGUACUACACAAUAAGGCCACUAAUACCUGAAAUAUAUCAAAAUACUAAUCCUUGUUUAUCAGAAAAUCAAGCUGUUUUCAAUUGGUCAUUCGUUCUUCCAUUACCAAAAUUAACAUCAAGUUUACACAGAGUCACAUUGAUAAAAUUUAGAAGCGUAGAUGCCGAAUUAAUAAGUUUCACGAAAUGGGUUUCGAUAUUUAUGAACGGCAUCUACGAAAUUAAAAUGCAAGAAGAUUUAUCUAUGGGAGAAAUACUGAUUUGUGAUUUGGGAACUUUAACUUUGGCAUAUUUACCUAAAAUAAAUCCCAUGGUUAUUAAAAAAGCAGCUUUAAUUUUAGAAAAAGUUUGGAGUAAUCGAGUGAAAGGUAUCCAUCUUGUCAACGUUCCUGCAAUAGCUGAUGUGUUAAUAUCGAUAUUAAAAUCUGCUGUGAGUAAAAAAAUUAAAGAAAGGAUAUAUAUACAUGGUAAAUUGGAAGAUCUAUUUGACUACGUAUCAAAAGAUAUUUUACCAUGUGAUUAUGGCGGCAUGGAAAAAUCUAUGGAUGAAUUAAAUGAAUUAUGGAAAAACAAAUUAACAGAAUAUAAAGACAGAUUUUUAAUGUUGGAAAAAAUGAAAAUUGAUGAAGACGUUCGUCCAGCCCCGCUAAAAAAUUCGGAUUUGUUAGGAUAUUAUGGAAAUUUCAAAAAAAUCGAUAUUGAUUGAAAUCCUGCAUACAUAUUUUCAAAUAUUUAAUAUUUUAAUAUACGGGGUGUGUCUAAAAAAUUGUGACGUGUAAAACUGUACAAUCCUGGGGUCAAAUUUAUUUAAUAGACUCAAAUGUCUGUUAAAUAAGAGUUCUUGGAGUGCUCUGACUCUGAAAAUUAUCAUUCUCGCUCCAUGAGCCUUUAUAGAGCAUCAUUCUGCUUGAAAAGUACUUCUUUUUAAGUUCAAAACAUUGCAGGAACUUCAUUCGGAAUCUUUUCGUUAAACUGAUGCAAAUUGUCUCAAAAAAAUAAUUCUGUUCGUAAAAAUAGUGAGCAAAGUUAGAUUUUCAUAAUUUUCGACAAGGUUUUCAGAUGGUUGCUUUCAUCAUCGACGAAAUUAUGAAUAUCUAACUCGAACUAUAUUUUUGUGGGCAAGAUUAUUGAUUUGUAUAUAAACUAAACAAAAAAAGGGUUUAAAUCAACUUAUUUUCAUACAUUUAUACCAAUUUAUGUAUUUUAAAUAAAAUCAGAAAUGUA